GAAAUGAGGUUUUUCUAUAAGCUAGAACUGGAAUGUGGAUGACCUUUGCUGAAUUAAGCAAGCUUUUAAUUUGACUAAAUCAAGCUGUAGUUUUACAAGUUUUUUAUUCAGGAAAGCAGAGCUUACCCUCUAUUUGUAUCACCAUUUUUCUUAAUUUUAAUUGCAAUGCAUGGAGAUCAGGUAGAUAUCAAGAAGUUAGUCUCCCACAUGAGUUCCCUAGCUUGCCUCCAUUCCCAUCUUCUUAUUCAUCUCACAUUUCCCAUAAUUAUAGUGAUUGCUUCCUUACUACCGUGCAACGUCCAACUUAGUUCAUGAUUUAAAUCUUAUAGCAUCUAAUUAAACCCUUUACCUUUUUCAAGUCAACUAUAGGAUUAAUUAAAAGGUUGAUCUAAGAUUCCAAGAUUCCAAGUUCAAGCCUCCCUUUUUAGGCAAGAUAUUUCUUCAACAAGUAGGUCCUGGAUGCUUUGACAUGAAUGUUGCCUUUCAUAUGGGAGAUGAUGCUUCCAGGAUGAUGAGUCAGAAACGAAUGAUCCAACUCUGUACUGUGUUCCCUCUGUAUUCAUCCUAAGUCACAUCCAAGAUUGCAACACAAACACUGCUGCUUUAUCUGCUACUUUACCUAGGAAUGGGUUGACUUGGAAAGCAACUUCAAGAUCUAACAAGUUGAUGAAAAAUGGUGGUGUUCACAAAUCUGUCGUAGUUGCUGGCUUGCAGCUAUAAUCUUCUACCCUCCAAAGAAUGCCCUCUCUGACAAGGAUUUUCUUUGAGUUUUUCUAGUAACUUCCCUUGAUCAAUUCCCUAAAUCAAGGACAAUUUGAGGAUAUAUAUAAAGGUGGAUGGAGUAAAGCUUUGAGGCAGCAUUAUGCACAAAUCAUUUCGAGGAUUCUUGUGUUGCAUCUAUCCAUCCAUCUGUUGUUAAGAAAACUCUUCAUGAACGCAUACAUGAACUGCAUGGAGCUGGGACUUUGGAUGUAACAAGUCAGUGGAGUUUUGAAUAACAGCUGGUGGCUGGUUUUGAUCAACAUUGCAAAAACAAUGCAGAGACUGUGAGAGUGAGUUGCAACAGCAACAUGAAGGUUAGUAGAGGAGUCAUGGUUCUACUCGAUGUCAACAGUGAUUUGGUCUCCAAUUCCUCUUGGUACACAAUCAGCACACUUUAUGAGAUUCCCAAUUUGAUUGGAGAUUUUGACUUCUAGCCUUAUUUUGGUGAUGAUUAAUACAUUAGUGAUCGAACAAUUUUAUUCUUGAU